UAAAACAUUUGCCCAGCAUGUGUAAGGCCUGCUAUAGCAAGGAAAGAAGACAUAUGCCCUCCUUACCCCUCCCAUUGAUUUAAAUCUACCAAGUUCCCUAUUUUCCUUAAAAAAACCCCACUGUGGAUUAUGCUCAUUGUUAACAAUAAAGCUGAUUGGCUGAUAGCUAGGCAGGAAGAGCCAGACUAGGAGAAUUCUGGGAAGAGGAAGGGUGAAGUUAGAGAGUUGCUGGCAAAUGCAGAGAAGCAAGAUGGGAAUAUUGUACUGAGAAAAGGAACCAAGCCACGUGGCUAAACAUAGAUAAGAAUUAUAGGUUAAUUUAAGGGUAAGGGCUAGUUAGUAAUAAGCCAGAGCUAUCAGCCAAGCAUUUAUAAUUCAUAUUCAGCCUCUGAGUCAGUUAUUUAGGAACAGGCAGACAGGACAGAAAAUAUCUGUUUACAAAACCCUUUCUUCAAUCUAACUCAUCCCAGUAUUCUUCAGUACAGUGUAAGCCAAGAUCCUGACUUCACCUGGGUAGAGGUCUUGUUAAUCCUGAAAUUCACUGGAGAAAAACCAGUUCCACCAUGUUGGCCAAAUUAAAGCAAGCAUUAAAAUGUUAAAUAUUGAUCAAGAUGAAUAAUGGUCAGGACUAUCACUUGGAAACUUUCCAGGUGAGUGGCCCAGAGACAAUGUUGGCAAGGUUUAUAUGGACAAAACCUAUAGGCCACCAUACUUUCCCAUGAGGCUUUGCUGUUAUUUUAUUUUAUUUAUUUUUUUUUUUUCAAGAACUCUAAUUCCCAGAGUCCCAGGAAGUUACCUGGUACUUGGGCAGGUGUGGCUCACAGGUUAACUUCAGGUCUCACAGUCUCUGAGAGAACUCAGGCUACACAGCAGGCAAGGCUGGGCUGCAUCUCCUGCAGUCUGACAAGAUCUCUAAGGCUGAAAAAGAAAACCAAAUCAUGGAAUAGUGGUUUAUACCUGAGUAUGCUGAGUCAGGAGGAUUGUCAGGAUUGUCUGUUUAUUUUUAAGACACUAUUUCUCCUCUUCUGCCUGUCCUGAAACUCACAUUGCAGACCAAGCUGCUCUGAACUCACAAAGAUUCUCCUACCCCUGCUGCCUGAGGACUUAAGCCCUGCGCCACCACACCCAACUCAAUGGCAACUCUUUUUUUGUUUGUUUGUUUGUUUGGGUUUUUGUUGUUGUUGUUUUGGAGACAAGGUUUCUCUGUGUAACCCUGGCUAUCCUGGAAUUGGCGCUCUAGACCAGGUUGACCUCGAACUCACAGAGAUCUGCCUGGCUCUGCCUCCCAAGUGCUGGGAUUAAAGGCGUGCGCCGCCACUGCCCAACUCUUAAAUAAAACAUAAAAACAUGGCUGGCAAUGUGUGGAACUAUGCUUACCACAUGUGAAUCCUGGGUUCCAUCAUAUAGUGCUUUAAAGAAGAGAAGGGAAGGGGAGGGGGGAGUAGGAAAGGGGAGAGGAAAGAAAAAAGAAAACCACGAACUCUCUCCCUUUCCUGAGCCCAAUCCCCGCCCCCAGCUUUGAACCCAGAAACUACAAUUCCGGUAGUGCCCUGGAAAACACGCGAUUAGCCUCCACUAGAACUACAUCUCCCGGCGUGCCUUGGACUUUGCGUAACUUGCUGAGGAGAGAACUACAUCUCCCGGCAGGCCACGGGAGGAAGGGUGUCAGAGACCCGGGAAGCGGCUCUGGGCUGCUCGGCAUUUCCCAGAGUCUGGGAGCUCUUUGAGGAGGAUGGCGCUGUCGCGGGGAGCCAGCGCCCCGGACCCCGACGAUGUCCGGCCUCUCAAGCCGUGUCUGCUGCGCCGCAACCACAGCCGCGAUCAACACGGCGUGGCGGCCUCCUCCCUCGAGGAGCUGAGGAGCAAAGCUUGCGAAAUACUGGCCAUUGAUAAGUCCCUGACACCGGUCACCCUGGUCCUGGCAGAGGACGGGACAAUAGUGGACGAUGAUGACUACUUCCUUUGUCUGCCUUCCAAUACCAAGUUUGUGGCGUUGGCUGGUAAUGAGAAGUGGACAUACAACAAUUCAGACGGAGGAACAGCCUGGGUUUCCCAAGAGUCCUUCGACGCUGACGAAACAGACAGCGGGCCAGGGGUCAAGUGGAAGAACGUGGCCAGGCAGCUGAAAGAGGAUCUGUCCAGCAUCAUCCUGCUGUCAGAAGAGGACCUCCAAGUACUCAUCGACAUCCCAUGUUCAGAGCUGGCUCAGGAACUUUGCCAAAGCUGUGCCACUGUCCAAGGGCUCCAGAACACACUCCAGCAGGUGCUUGACCAGAGAGAGGAGGUCCGCCAGUCCAAGCAGCUCCUGGAGCUCUAUCUCCGGGCCUUGGACAAGGAAGGCAACGUCUUGUCCAACCAGGAAGAGUCCAAAGCUGCCCUCGCCGAAGACUUGGACGCGGUUGACACGGGCGUCAGCAAAGAGACGGUUUCUGGGAUGGCGCUUACAAGCCAGAUCCUUACUGCACUGAAGGAGAGGCCUGCUCCAGAGCUGAGUUUCUCUAGUCAGGAGCUGGAGCUGGUCUCCAGGGAGGACCCCCAAGCCCUGGCUGUCGCUUUGAGCUGGGACAUAAAGAAGGCAGAAGCAGUCCAGCAGGCCUGCACCACGGAGCUCGCCCUGCGCCUGCAGCAAAUCCAGAGCUUGCAUUCACUCAGGAAUCUUUCGGUGAGGAAGAAUCCACUGCCUGGGGAACAGCAGAGUCCCAAACGAGCCAGACAAGACCCCGAGUAGCUCCACCGGAAGCACGCUUUGCUGAGGAGAACGCUGGGUUUUGUUGUCAGUAAACAACUUCCCCUUAUCAUUUUACUGCCUACAUUCUGCUCUACCUCCUGCCUUCCAGGAUGCUCUUCUUGCAGAGGUGGCUUAUACCCCUCCAGAAAAGCUGUUUCAGUCUGUACGCAUGCCCUCUACCUCCUUUUCAUGUACUCAGAGUCUCAUUUUUGUUUCUUGUAUGAGUGUUUGCCUGAAUGUAUGUCUGUGCACCACAUGUGUGCCUCGAGCCCACGAAGGCCAGAAGCGUGUAUCAGAUCCCCUGGAACUGGAGUUACAGACUGGGUGCUCUGGAAGAGCAGCCACUGCUCUUAGCACUGAGCCAGCUCUCCAGCUCCCAGAGCAUACUUAUUGUAUAUUAGGCCUUAGGUUCCAAGUGGAAGUACUUGUCAAAGACUGAAAAUUUGUCACACUUUGGACUCAAUGUCGUUAUUCUACAACUUGAACAGUACAGUUUUAGAUGCAGAUAAUGGGAAAGAAAAGGCUAACAGCGGUGAUCGUGGCCAUGAGCUUACUUCCCAAGUUAAUGAAUGUGGUUGUUUGUUUAAAGGCAUAUACUGAAUUUGCAGACCCCAGGGACAUGGAGUCUCCUCCACCGUU